CCCUCGACCCUCUCCUCGCUCGACCCGUCCUCCGCACCGCCCAACUCGCCCAGCCACACGCUCAUCGGCCACGAGGCCAACGUGUGCGCCCUCCACGUCAGCAAGGACGGCAAGCGCAUCGUCAGCGGCAGCUGGGACAAGACGGCCAAGGUCUGGAAGGACUGGCAGCUCGCGUACACGCUCAAGGGCCACGAGCAGAGCGUGUGGGCCGUCCUCGCGCUCGAAAGCGACGGCUCGGCAGACCAGGAGGACCUCGUCUUGACCGCAGGCGCCGCCGACAACCUCAUCCGCCUGUUCCAGCGCGACAAGCUCGUCAAGACGUUCAAGGGCCACACGCAGGCCGUGCGCGCGCUCGCCAAGCUCGACAAGAGCGCAGGCGGCGGCGAGGGCGAGGGCUGCACCAUUCGGCUCUGGUCCCUCUUGACCGGCGACUGCGUCCACACCCUGUCGGGCCACGACUCGUUCGUCUACUCGCUCGCGACCAUCCCCGACUCGCUCGGCGGCGGGCUCGUCUCGGGCGGCGAGGACCGCACCGUCCGCAUCUGGCGCGCAGAAGACGGCGAGUGCAUCCAGACGAUCGUCGUGCCGGCCGUUUCGGUCUGGUGCGUCAACGUCCUCGCCAACGGCGACAUCUCGGCGGGCGCCUCGGACGGCAACGUGCGGGUCUACACCCGCAGCAAGGAGCGUGUCGCGAGCGAGGUCGACUUGGCCGUGCGUCCCCCUCCUCUCCUUCUCCUCUCCCUUCCAGCCAAGCAUAUCGGCGACCUCAAGAAGAGCGACCUGCCCGGGCCCGAGGCGCUCGACGAGCCGGGCACCAAGGAGGGCCAGGUCAAGAUGGUCCGGACUGUCGGCGGCACGGUCGAGGCGUACCAGUGGUCGGCGGGCUCGCGCUCGUGGCAGAAGAUCGGCGAGGUGACCGACGCCGUCGGCUCGUCGCGCAAGCAGCUCUACCAGGGCCGCGAGUACGACUACGUGUUCGACAUCGACCUCGGCGGCGGCGCGCCCAUGCUCAAGCUCCCGUACAACACGAACCAGAACCCGUACGCCGCCGCGCAAGACUUCCUCAACGCCAACGAGCUCCCGAUGGGCUACAUCGACCAAAUCGCCGCCUUCAUCGAGCAGAACACGGGCGGCGUCAAGCUCGGCGGCAGCGGCAACGUCGACCCGUUCACCGGCACCAGCAGCUAUCGCUCGACGACCGGCGGCGCAGGUGCGGGAGCAGGAGCAGGAGGAGGCGUCGACCCUUUCACUGGCGGGAGCAGCUACCGGUCGGCGGGAGCAGGAGCGAGUGCGGGAGGCUUCUCUGGCGACCCUUACACCGGUGCGUCCCGUUUCCCUCGUCCUCGCCCGUCGACAUUCACCUGA